ACAUUUUAACUCUCUCUCUCUCUCUCUAACACACACACACACACACACACACACAAACAGAAUGAUAGCGUUUCUGGAGCGAUUCUUACCUGAGAAUGAUACUGAAGCGAACCCAGAAGAUGAAGAUACAACUAAUACAAGCCUAUGCUUGAACCUUGAGCUCCAGGGGAGUGUUGAUUUCACUUGUACCGGCGCCGCCGGCGAGGAUUUCGGUGGUAUCUAUCACACCAAACCACUUGCAGUCAUCAGACCGGCCGGCCCAGAAGACAUAGCUCGAGUUAUCAAAGCCGCUUCUCUUUCCUCAAAUCUCACGGUCGCCGCCAGAGGUAAUGGCCACUCCAUCAAGGGUCAGGCCAUGGCGGACAAAGGACUCGUCAUAGACAUGAGGUCCAUGGAAGCUCUAAUUGAUGUGGCAACCUCCGAUGAUGGCUCUGCAGCUUACGUGGACGUCGGAGGAGGGGUAUUAUGGGAAGAUGUACUCAGCCACUGUGUGCUUGGAUUUGGGCUAGCUCCUAGGUCCUGGACCGAUUACCUCGGGUUAACGGUCGGCGGCACGUUGUCUAACGCUGGGAUAAGCGGCCAAGCUUUCCGUUACGGUCCUCAGACCUCGAACGUGACAGAGUUAGAAGUGGUGAAUGGGAAGGGAGAAACUCUGGUUUGUUCUGAGAAUCAGAACCCAGAACUGUUCUUUGGGGUUCUUGGGGGACUGGGUCAGCUCGGGAUCAUCACCAGAGCUAGGAUUUUGCUUCAGAAAGCUCCGGACAUGGUAAGGUGGAUAAGGGUAGUGUAUACCGAGUUUGAUGAGUUCACUAGAGAUGCCGAGUGGCUGGUGAGUCAGGAAAGGGAAGGAGAAUCGUUCGAUUACGUGGAAGGUUUCGCUUUCGUCAAUAGCGAUGAUCCGGUCAACGGGUGGCCGACGGUACCGUUACGUAUGGACCAACGGUUUGACCCGAGUUGCAUUCCACCAAUCGCUGGACCCGUUCUUUAUUGCCUUGAGUUGGCCUUACACCACCACCAUGGACAAGACCAGUCUACCUCUCUAGAUAAGGUAAUUAAUUAUUAAUCAAUCUUUUUUUGGUAGAAAUUCAUUGUUAAUCAAUCAAUCAAUCAAUAUUGAUGAUGUCGAACCAAGAACAACUUGAUGCAAGAAUGACUUCUAAGUCACCUAAAUUGGAUUACUCUUUGAUUAGUACUCUAAUAAUAUAAUUAUAUGAAGGGGAUCACCGCAUGGCCCCUCCACCCGUGCGGAAAGCCAACGAGAGAGUGCACGGGGGCAUCUACUAGUGGUGAGUUUUUCAUUUCAAAGAGCCGGGAGUUCAUUUAGCCAUUAUAAUGUCUAUGUGCAAGCGUCACGUAGCCUAAUAGCCUUUUUUUUUUUCCCAUAAUUAUGAUACCUCAUAAUUCUUCUAAGAUGACAAUGGUCGGCUCAUGGCAGCUAAUAAAACAAAGGGAAAACAAAUCCCACGAUGCUAGAGUGCAGUGAUUUCAAUAUGUUCCUUUUCACAUAAUGAGAUGUGGAGCCUGCAUUGACACUCUUUUGUCUAGGGUUUGAAAAAUCAUGUUGCAUUGAUUAAUUCAAAUCAAAUCG